CGGGAACGCCUAAAACUAAAGCCCGCCAAUGUGGCGGGAAUCAUCCACUCGUCAUUCAUUCACACACGCACACUCAUAUAUAACAACCCCAGCGGAGCGGAUUCCGGUGAUUCAGCCGCGGGAUUCCGUGCGGUGUUCUCUCUCAUCUUAUUGCGUACAGAUCACUUCUCAUCGUCUUGAUGGGGAAGAAAAAGAACAGACGUCGAGCUUCCAAAAACAACUUGGAGGAAGAAGAAUGCGAAGAACCAAAUCAAUAUCAUGAAUCCGCUGAAGCCGGCUCUUCCUCCAAUGAGAAGAGCCUCUAUGAGAUACUUGGGGUGGAAAAAUCAGCAUCUCAACAAGAGAUAAAGAAAGCAUACCAUAGGCUGGCUUUGAGGCUACAUCCAGAUAAAAAUCCGGACAAUGAGGAAGCCAAAGAGAAAUUUCAGGAGUUGCAAAAAGUGAUGUCAAUUCUUGGUGAUGAGGAGAAACGGGCAGUUUAUGAUGAAACUGGUUGUAUUGAUGAUGCUGACCUUGCAGGGGGUUUUGCCGAAGACCUAGAGCAAUUUUUUAAAUCCGUGCUAAAAAAGGUCACUGAGGCUGAUAUUGAAGAGUUUGAAGCAAACUAUAGGGGCUCUGAUUCAGAAAAGAAAGAUCUGAUUGAUCUAUACACUAAAUACAAGGGCAACAUGAACAGGCAGGCUGUUCUGCUCAAUGCUUUGCUCGGAUCCAAACUUGGAUUCACACCGCUUUAAAGAUAUUAUUGAUGAGGCAAUAGCAUUGGGUGAUCUGAAGUCGACCAGAGCAUAUAACAAGUGGGCUAAGAAAGUCUCAGAAACAAAACCACCUACAAAUCCUCUAAGGAAGAACAAGCAGAAAGCUAAGAAAGAAUCAGAAGAUUUGUCUGCCAUAAUCGCUCAACGGCAGAGGGAAAGGAGAGGGAUGAUGAAUUCUUUGUUCUCAUCCGUCAUCAGUAAAUAUGGCGGGGAUGCCCCUGAGCCCAGUGAAGAAGAAUUUGAAGCUGCCAGACAAAAUCUUGAGAGGAAAAAGAAAAAAUCUAAGCUUAAGUAGAGGCUAGUUUUUUGCGAGCAAUGAACAAACUGGCUGGAUUUGUUUUGCAAUCAAGUUUAUUUUUAAACUGUAAAUUUAUCAAUUGAUCUAUGAUUAUCCCAAAAACUUUAUCACUUUCCAUUUUAUUCAACUAAUUUGUGCUUCUUGUUACGUCUCUUUUGUCUACACAAACCUUAAUCAUACCAUUUUUACAUUAUGAUUCACUAUAUUGGUCAAACUUGACAAAGGAAUAAGAGACAGAAGGAGUAG